AUAAGCAAAAAAGUCACACAAAUUAAGAACAACGAAAUCUGAACUUCUGAAGUCCAGCUAUGAGUGUCUCCAUCGACCGAGCAAUAGCUGUGAAGGCGUUCGACGAGACCAAGGCCGGAGUCAAAGGCCUCGUCGACUCCGGCAUCACCUCCGUCCCCUUCAUCUUCCACCACCCCACCGCCAACCUCUCACUCCCCGUCGCCGCCCACCUCUCGAUCCCCACCGUCGAUCUCUCCCUCCCACGCCCCAUCACCAUCGAUCGCAUCCGAUCCGCAUCACGAGACUGGGGCUUCUUCCAGCUCAUCAACCACAGCAUCCCAAUCUCAACCAUGCAAAGCACCAUCUCCGCCGUCCGAGCCUUCCACGAACUCCCCACCGCCGUCCGAUCCAAGCACUACACACGCUCACCCGUUGGAGGGGUGGCUUACUUGUCAAACGGAGACUUGUUCAAGUCCUCCGCGGCGAGCUGGAGGGACACGUUGCAGAUCUCGUUCGGUCCGACCCCACCGGAACUGGACGAUAUCCCCGAGGUUUGCAGGUCGGAGCUGGUGAAGUGGGACGAGAGUGCAAAGGAGGUAGCAAGAGAAGUGAUGAGCCUGAUGUGCGAAGGGCUAGGGCUGGGCCCGAGAAGCCUGGAGGAACUCUCAUGUCUGGAGGGAAGAGGGAUGUCAUGCCACUACUACCCGCCUUGCCCGGAACCUAAUCUGACCGUUGGGGCUGGAAAUCACACGGAUCCUGUGAUUUUGACGGUCCUGCUUCAAGAUGAAAUUGGUGGACUUCGGGCUAAGAGGAAAGUGGAGGAUGGUCAUGAGGUUUGGGUUGACGUGAAGCCUAUUCCCGGAGCUCUUGUUGUUAACGUUGGUGAUCUCCUCCAGAUUUUUACCAAUGAUGAAUUCAAGAGCGUGCAUCAUCAAGUGGUAGCUAAUUCUAGUGAUGUAGCUAGAGUAUCAGUUGCUUGUUUCUUCAAUCCUGGAAGAAGAGAAGAAUCAACAACAUAUGGUCCACUGCCAGAAUUACUUUCAAGUGAAAAUCCUCCUCGCUAUCGAAAUUUUACCGUGAAUGACUUUUUAGGAAGAUUCCUGAGUAAAGAGUUAAACACUAAAACUCUCAUAGAGUUUUUUAAGCUUUAAGUUUCUGUUAAUGUAUAAGGAUGAUAUCUGUGGAAUUAUUUUCUUCUAUAUUUUAAUGGUUGAAGUGCUGAAGUUGAUGAUUA